GUAACAAUACGUUGCCUGCGGGCGUGAAGCACUGUAACAAUUUGCCCAAUCAGACACCAUGAUACGGGUUACCAGGCGGCAUCCAGACCAUUGUCGGCCCCAUGCAAUCCAGGGUCGUAUGACAUAAUCGCCUUUUCAGCAACAUCCAACCUUCGAGAAUCAAGGUUUCCCAUCCAUUGAUCAGCCACACUGAACACUUCGAUUUCGAAUAGCCUCGUACCUGGAGUUUUCCGUUCUCGGACAUGCGACACAUAUCUCACCCAUCAUGAUUGAGAUAGCGGCAUCGUCACAGUCUCCUGUGCCGUCAGUCAUCUUUGCCCUCGUUUCGCUCUCGGCCAUCUCGGUCGUCGUCCUCCUCAUCCUCCGAUACUAUCUCCCCCUCCGGACGACGCCCGCAUAUCUCCUUGUGCCAGUUUUCUUUGCACUAUGGCUUCCGGCGAGCAUGGUCCUUCUGGUGCCCAUCGACCUGGCGUCGAGCGCCCUGGCCGACGAUGUUGACGCUCGUGGUAUCUGGUUGCAGCCGGGCGCCUUACGGGUAUCAUGGAGAGUCACCUACUGGCUUACAUUUGCCCUGACUUGGUUCAUCCUCCCCAUCCUCGCCGAAUACUCCGACUCCGGUUACCGCGAGCCCCAGGCCAAGCUGCUCGACUCCCUCCGCGCAAACGCCCAGUACUACGCCAUCGUAUUUGGCUCCGGAGCACUCGGGUUUAUUUACGUUCUCAUAUCUUAUGGCCACUUUUCCUCGUCGCUUAAGAGCACCGUCAUGGCUCUGGCCUACUGCUGGGGAUUGGUGCUCGUCAUCUACCUCAUGGGUCACGGACUAGUUGCCAUUCCUCGUCGGCUCCUUCGCAACGCGAAUGUCAGCGACAGAUUGCGGCGCAUCCAAUCCCGCGCGCCCGCGGUCUACGAGAAGAUGAAUGACGCUGAAAUGGACCUUGAGGACCUCGAGCUGCAGGUGGCCGAGCUCAGCCGUCGUAAGGGGGGCAGCGUAAGCCUUUUCCAAGACUGGGUCGAGGAGUUGGUGGACAUGACAAACCUGCCAGAGUCACAGCCUGGCCGUGCAAGCGUUGUACGUGGUUCCGGAAACCAGAGCCCUCUGCCGAACGUCAUCACCGAAAAGUACUUGGCAGAUCUCACGCGGCGCCUAAUCAGAGCAAAACACGCCCGAUCGCGGUACAUCAGCGAAUGGAACCGCCUCCUGCAAGACGCCGUCGAAACCCAAGCCAUCCUUGACUCUGCCGCCUCUAAGAGACUCGACUUUGGCAAAUCCUCUCCGCAGUCCGGAAGCCGCUUCUGGGACCGCCACACCCCGCUCACUCCAUACACCCGCUUCCUCCUGCACUACCACCUGGUUCCGUAUAUUCAAGUCGCCACCGGCAUCGUGCUGUUCCUGGCAUCCGCUUGCAUCAUCUGGUCAGAACUAGUCAAGGGACUCUUGCCCCAGCUCUCCGUCAUCCGCUACAGCGUCGUGCAUCACCAACAAACCGAUAAAGGGCAGGUCGGGCUAGCGGGGCAGGUCAUUGCCGCGUUGUGGAUGGUGUACAUGUGCGCCGCCGCGCUCACGUCCAUCACCGAGGUCAAGGUCUGGCGCGGCCGCGCCCUCGUGCGCCGCAACACGGCCCACGAGUCGGCCUUUUGGUAUGCCAGCCAGGUUGCCAGGCUCAGCGUCCCUCUCACCUACAACUUUAUGACCUUCCUCGGUGCCAUCUACAAGCGUACCGUCUUUUACGACUUUCUCGGGCAGCUGAUCGACCUCACACCGCUAGGGGAAUGGUUCGAUGCCCUGUUCCCGGCCUUCAUACUGCUUCCUGUGUGCGCGACGCUGUUUGGCCUGUACGGCAGGGUGAGGAGGGUGUUUGGAUUUGGCGUGGAUGUCUUGGAUGACGAUGACGAGAACGGCGACGGAAGCGGUCGAUCCUACGGGACCGCUAGUGGGGCUUGGAGAGAAGGGAGAGAUCUCAUCGAGAGGGAGCUCAACGGCACGUCGGCUGCUAUCCGUGGGCGCAGGGCUGAUGUGGCUUCGCGGAUCGCGUCAUCGUCGUCGCCCGUUGAUGGUUCUGGCCGCCGCGGGGCUCCCGUCCUGACGAUACCCGGGAGCAGCGGCGCCCGUCGAGACGGUGCUGGGCCGACGACCCCGUUUGGAACCUCGCCUACACCUGGCGGUGGGGGCCCUGUGGCCCCAGGGAGGAAGCCGCUGGCUAAUACCUCGGCGAGGAGGGCCGCCAUUGUGUUGGAUUCCGAGGAAGACGAGGAAAACUUUUUGGAGGCCUGGGGGCAUCGGUUCAAGAAUACGGUCGAGACGUUUGAUACGCCCAAGUGGAUGAGGGAUAUCGGACAGGGUAUCAAGAAACCCAAAUGGAUGGGCGGAAGCGACUCUGGGCAAGAAGGAAGCAGGGGCAGCAACCCAGAUGUCGGGAGGUGGUUCGGUGGUGAUGGUGGGCAGGGGAGGAUCAGGUUGUGAUCAGCCGCCUUCGUUUCUUUUCUUUCUUGUCCAGUGAUUUUGGAAAGCAUUGCAUGGCCGGUAUGAUAUGUAUGGAGGGAUGCAUUGUUUGGCGUUUGGGGGGAGGGGGAAAGGGGGGGAAACGGUCUUAGGAAAGAGCGAUGCUGUUCAAUGUCACUAGAAAGAGCUCUG